AUGGAGGGUCAGACCCGUCUCCGCCACAAGAAGGAGGCGCUCGAGGCGAAGGGCGAGUAUGUCCGCACCGUUCGCGGCACGCGCUUCAGCUCGGUGCCCAACGUGGACCCAGAUGGACCUCCCGCGGCUGGCCACGCCAUCUUCUGCCCUGAUGGCUUCAAUGGCGUGCCCCUUAGCGAGAUCGCCCGCGCUAUGCAGAGUAUGCCUGGUGUGAGCUACACUAUGGAGAACGAGAAGAGCCAGACUUAUUCCAACGAGGAGCAAGCCAAGCCCACAACCAGCUUUCUUCGAAGAGCAAUGACACUGACUGAACUCCCGCAGACUCCCCAAGACCUGCCCGCCAUGCAGAUCUGGUUCUUCACUCGUUGCCAGUCCCGCGACCAAGCCUUCAAUCUCCUCCGCAUCUACCAGACCCUCCUCAUCGACCUCGACUUCACCCCGCGCGAGAUCGAGGGCUGGCUGGCACAGAGCCACCUCGGCCGCAACAUCCCCGGUGCCGCGCUGCAGGAGGAUGUGCCCGUCUUCAAGUUCUCGGAUGAAGAUGAGGAGUUUUUGGGGCAGUUUGAUGCUCCGCCAGAGUGGGCUGGCAUGCGUACCCUGGAGAUCGAGUCUGCGAUGGAGUGGGAGCUUGAGAUUGUUAGGUCGUUGGCGCGUGUGAGGGCUGUGACGGAGCCGAAGGGGUUUCUGGAAAAGUGGCUAUUGGGUCCGGAGGAGGAGGAGGAGGAGGAGUAUCCUUUGACGUGUGAGCGGCGCCUUGAGCCCGAUAAUUGGAGGAAGUUGUACUCGAGCUGGGAAUGGCGGCAGAAGAUCGCGGACAUGUGGUAUCGCUCCCCCCCGACGGAGCAAUCCGCCGGGGCCGUACCGUGUAUUACGUAUUGGGGAAAACUGGGUAUAUUGCGCUCCAUACCUAACUACUAA